AUGAUUUAUUCACUUGAUAGCAAAACAAUUAGAACAAUUUCUAGCGGACAAGUUAUCACAAAAGUUGAAGAUGUUGUAAAAGAACUAAUAGAGAAUUCAAUUGAUGCACAAGCUACCUCUAUAGAGGUUAAAAUAGUUGAAGAUGGAUUAAAUUUAAUUACUGUCAAAGAUGAUGGAAUUGGAAUUCCUCAAGAUGAUAGAAAAUCAAUGGCUUUAAGAUAUCAUACUUCAAAAUUAGAAAAUUAUGACGCGUUGAGUAAAGUUGAGACAUAUGGAUUCAGAGGUGAAACAUUAAAUUCAAUAUGUGCGAUAUCUGAAUCUGUUGAAAUAAUCACCAAAACUGGCAAAGAUCCUGUAGCUAUUCUUUAUACAUUAGAUAAAACAGGAAAUAUUAUAAGUUCAAAGUCAUCUGGAUUAUCUCCAGGAACUACAAUUAAUGUAAAUAAAUUAUUUGCCAAUAUACCAGUUCGUAGACAGAAUAAUUCAACAGUAAUUGGAAAACAUAUCCAAAAUAUAUUAACAACAUAUGCUUUGGUACAUCCUAGCAUACGAUUUUGUUUAAAACAAAGUUAUGAAAAUGUAGCAAAAUCCAAAUUCAAAGAUGGGAAUUGGAUCAAACCAUCGUUAGAAACAGCGAUGGCAUCAAUAGGACAAAUUUAUGGUCAUGAAUUAAUGAAUCAGCUUCAAUAUGUUUUGUGGGAUUCUCAAAAAGAUAAACACUACAAUAAAUCAAAUUUAACAAAACAAGAUGAAAAUUACAAUAAUAACAAUGAUAAUGAUAAAAGUGAUAAUAGUGAUAAUGAAGAAGACAGGUUACCAAUUGUGAUUGAAGCAAUAUUACCAAAAAUUGAUGCGAAGCCAUCGAUGGUUAUGAAAGCUGGAAGAACGUUUAUCUAUGUUAACAAUCGUCCUAUUACUACUGCUAAAGGAGAAAUCAAAAAUGUUUUUCACAUUGUAAAAAAAAUGUAUAAUGAAAUUUUAACUAUACAUGGCCAUAAUAAUAAUGUAAAUAACAAAAAAUCACCUUUUAUGUGGAUAAACGUUAAGAUGCCUACUUGGAUUUAUGAUGUUAAUGUUGAACCAAGCAAAAAUCUUCUACUUUUUCAUCAUAAUGGAUGUGUUGAGCGAGCAAUUGAAAAUGUGAUGAUAAAAUUAUAUGGUAUCAAUAGUGCAAAAAUUAUCGAACAACAACUACAACAAAUUAUGGAAGUUGACGUUGAUGAUUUAUUAUCAACAUCAUCAUCUAAUAUUUCAAUUGACGAAUCAUUUACUGAUAUGAAUUCAACUUCGACUAGUAAUGAAAACUCAGGUCCUGAUAAUAAUCACGACAAUAUUGAAUCUAUUCAGACAACUGAAAUUGGAAAACGUAAAAUCUCAUCAUCAGAAACCAUUCCUGACGAUGAUAAUGAAGAAACAUCUUCGACUAUUGAUCCUGGUACUGAUGAUAGAUGUGAUUUAAAUGGAUUUUUGGAAGUUUCUGCUAUAAUGAAUAAGAUUAACAAUGAUAGUAAUGAUGAUAACAAUCUGUAUAAAUCUAGUAUAGCAAAUACAACAAAUGUAGAAAAUAAUGAUGAUAAUGAUAUUAGAAAAGCCAAUGAAAAUAUCAACACGUUUAGUCGUGAAUUGAAAAUUAAAUUUGAUAAAAAAUCAAUUUGUCAUCCCAAUCAUGAUGAUAACUAUGAUGAUAGUUAUGAUAAUUGCGGUAGUGGAUUAAGUUUAUCAUCGUUAAAUAAGAUGGAGGAUGGAUUAUGGACUAUCACAAGGAAACUAAAUGACAAAGUUAUAGAUUUAUUGAUAGUUCACGGAGAAAGAAUACGUCAAUUAGUUACCUUGCAAACGUUAGUGAAUUCAACUGAAUUGAAUCCAACCAAAAAAUUAUUGAAUCCAAUUGACAUAAAAGAACCCGAACUUUUGGAAUCAGAUAAGAUUAUAUCAUGUUUAAAGUAUCUUAAACAUCAACAAAUUCCAGAUGAGAGUGGAGUAGGAGUUUGGUGGAAUCUAGUUACACAGAAAUGUGUUACUGCAAAUGGAAUUAAGUUUAGAUGGAGAGAAGAUCAUGAAAAUAAUAUGCAUAUACAAAUUACACACAUAUCACCAUUGAUUCAAUUUGCUACAGCAGUAGAAUAUUUUACGCAUCUUAUGGAACAUCUUUCCACAUUAAACAUUGAUAUUGAUACAACAAAUACUGCAACAAAUACGAUGGCAUUAUCAAACACAAGAUCUCAACAGACUAUACAGAUACUUGUACGAGAAGCUAAACAAUUAAUCAAACAAGAAGAUUUAGUUAUUAGUAAAAGAGAUGAGGAAAUGACACAAAGAGUAAAAGAUGCCACAUUAUUAUUAAUGAAAAAAAUUGGAAAUUUUCAUCACAUUUACGACGACGACGAAGGUGGUGAUCAUUACAUUGAUGAAGGAUCAUUGGCGAUAGUAGAAAGAAGAAACGAUGAUAGCGAGAUAAUGUAUAAUGGAAAUGUUGUUGUAAAAGUGUUAUGGAAAGUAGUAGAUUAA